GACAGUCAUAGUGUUUAAAUUUCUUGUAAGAAUCCUAAAAUGAAGUUUGUCUUCUUUCCACAUUUACACAAGACCAUGGAAGAGCGAGUUGAGGAGGAGGAAGAUGAACAGACAGACGAUGGUGCCACUGUACCCCCGGAGGCCCUAAUCAAGCAUCCUCUACAAAACAGAUGGGCAUUGUGGUUCUUCAAAAAUGACCGCACUAAAGAGUGGACGGCAAACCUUAAACUUAUCACAGCAUUCGACACAGUAGAAGAUUUUUGGGCGUUAUAUAACCAUGUACAGAAGGCCAGCAGGCUACCCUCAGGCUGUGAUUACUCACUCUUCAAGGAUGGCAUUCAGCCUAUGUGGGAGGACGAAAGGAAUAAGGACGGAGGGCGGUGGUUAAUUAAUCUUAACAAAAAUCAGAGACAGACAGAUCUGGAUAACUUCUGGUUAGAAACCUUACUGUGUUUAAUUGGUGAGUCGUUUGAGGAAUAUAGCGAGGACAUCUGUGGUGCUGUAGUCAACAUCAGAAACAAGGGAGAUAAACUCAGUCUCUGGACAAAAGAGGCCAGGAGAAACGAUGCCAUAUUAAAAAUAGGAAGAAAAUUAAAAGAAAGAUUAAGUAUACCAUCCAAAAUACAAAUAGGUUUCCAGGCACACACAGACACCAUGACAAAAACAGGAUCCACAGCAAAAGAUCGGUUCCGUGUUUAACACAGGCUGAAACUUUAAUUACUAGUAGUCAAAACAUUUAUCUCACCCCUCCUGAUGCAUUACAGACUUCCUUCAUGGUUGUGCUUGGACAAUUAUUACAGGCUGCUACUGGCAUCGCUAUCACAGAACAUCAACUGAAGACUUUAUUUUAGAUAUUACCCUAGAAGUACCUAUGAUACGAGAGACUGGUAUGCAUCAGAAAGGUUCAUGAAUGCCUGUGUUUACAGAGUGCUCUUGUUAAAUGCCUGAAUUUGCAUUCUCCUCAUGUGAAGAUAAAUGUGGAAUUUUUAUGCCCCGCCAUGAAUAUUGCCGGGGCAAAUAGUGUUUGUCCUGUCCGUCUUUCCGUUCUUCCAUCUGUCCUUUUGUCGGGCUUUUUAAAAGUUUAGCUCAGUUCAAAGUUCCGUUUCAAAGAAACUAUUCAAGAUAUUUUUAUCAAACUUCAUAUGCUGAUAGAUAUUGAUGAGAACUGUUCAACUGCAUCAAAGUUUUUGACCUUGGCUUUUCCUUUGACCUCACUUUUUCUUAAACUAGUGUUUAGCUCAGUUUUAAAGAUAUCAUUCAAGAUAGUGUAAUCAAAUUUUAUACACUAAUACAAAUUUUCAUAUUGUGUUAGUAUUAUACAUUCGGCGGGGCAUUCAUGUCCUAUGGACAUAUUUCUAGGUUUUCUGAAUUAUAAGACUAUCAUGUCAAUUAUGUGCUAGGUUUCUGUGUUGAUUAUUUGUGUUGAGACCUUUUUAAUUAUUCCCCAUGGCUCUUGGUGUCACAUGUGGUACAGUGUGAUUGCAUUUAAUUAUUUAUUUGUUUAUUUUUGUGUGUUAAACAGAGCAGGUUUAUAACCAUUUUGUCAUUAAUACAGAGGACAGGAAGGACAGAUAACUCUUGUCUAAUGAGGGCUUUAGGUGUGUUUUAGUUGGAAGCAUAUCCCAUAUAUUUUUUCAGUUAAUGCUGAAGUAUAAACUCAAAUGCAAAAUCAUAAGAAAACACAUGCUUAAGAAGAUUAAAAUUUUUCCAACCUGUUUUUCUGUAGAAAAAGCAUAUGUUGUGAACAUUUAUGCAUCACAUGUUGCAUGUUGAAAUGAUAUUUAUUAUUAAAUGAAGGAUUGUAUUAGAGUUCUGGCUUCUGUAAUCAAACUGAUAUAUUGAAUGAAAUUUCAACUUUUUCUAGCUGCAUUCAUUGGUACACUGCUCUGAACAUUUUGAUUGUAUAAAAUAUACACUCAAACAUGGACUUAGGUGUAAAACAUUGUGUUCUGUUCCAUGUAUAAUCCCACAUGUUUACAACUAUGUAUUCUCCAGCAUGUAUUUUCUCUAGUAGUUGCAAUGUGUAUUAAAGGAUGAAUGAAAGACUACGUGCUGAAUUUUUAUAAGGGAUGCCUGUUGGUGGAAGGAUGAUAUUGUAUGCUUCACAGAUAUUAUACUGCUUAGUUAAGUAACACACAUUGCCCCAAAAGUUUUCUAUAUUCAGUCUGAUUUUUUUGUAUGUCCCUCUUCCAAGAAGGAAGGGCAUAUGCUUUGCUGCUGUCUGUCGGUUGGUCGGACAAGUUCUGUUUUAGGUACGAUCAAGCUAUUUUGGAUAGAGUUAUGCCCCCUGGACUCAAAAAAAUUCCAAUUAUUUGCAGUUUCUGUUCAUUUUCUGUGCAGAGGUUGCGCAUACUGAAAUGAAAUUCAGUAAACACAUUUACCAUAAAAAUAUUUAGGUCAAGAGCUUUUUUGGGUCAAGGCAUUUUAGACAGAGUUAUGUCCUUUUGACUUAGAAAAAUUCCAAUUAUUUGGGGGAGGGGGGGGGGGGGCAUAAGUGUUUUACAAAAUAUCUCUUGUUCUUGAUGUAUUAAGCUCAUGAAUUUAUUUGUGCCCUUUUGAAUCACUUAAUUAUUGGUAAACAACCGGAAAGUUUUCAUGUUUUUCUUUGCUCCCCAUUUGCUAAACAUGUAUCAACAGCUAGUUGAUGAACAUGGAAAAUUGAAGUGCAUUUUUUUCUAGAUCCAUUGUUAGUAUGGUACAGUGUUAUUGUUGAUAUGAUUAAAUAUAUUGAUACAUAAACCAUGAAAAAAUAAAUACUAAGAAAUUA